GUUAAUGAGGCUUAGUUGCAACAGGCCGUCAUUUUAAAACCCGAAAAAUUUCCGAUUUUCGGCUUGGGUUUGCAGCUAGUAUCUCUGGCCAAAAGGAUCAACGAUAAUUCAAUUACAGACGCAAACAAUCAAAUCACAUCUAGCAUGGAGGGAGAUUCUGUGGAAAGGUUCAAGUCACUCCAUAUCUCCCCUCUUGAUGAUGAUGGUGAUAUUGAAGAUGAGCAAGAAAUGCCUCUUGAAGAAGACGAUGAUGAAGAAGAUGAACAAGAACCGGUAACUCUGGGUUUUGUAGAAAAGCCGAAGAGUAGUUGGUCUCUUCUUCGGCAGUUAUUUCCGAGCAAGGCUGGUGGUGUGCCGGCUUGGCUGGAUCCAAUUAAUUUGCCAUCUGGAAGGUCCAGUGUUUGUGAUAUAUGUGGAGAUCCUUUGCAAUUUUUGCUGCAGGUCUAUGCACCAUUAUCAGAAAAGGAAUCAGCAUUUCAUCGAACAUUAUUUGUUUUUAUGUGCCCGUCAAUGUCAUGUCUUCUUCAAGAUCAGCAUGAACAAUGGAAGCGCAGGCCAGAGAAGUCAUCUCGAAGUGUUAAGGUUUUCCGCUGCCAGUUACCUUGCUCUAAUCCAUUUUACUCAAGUAAGCCGCCAAGACUUGAUGGUACUGACAAACCUUCUAAUCCUGGAGUUGCACUCUGUAAAUGGUGUGGUACCUGGAAAGGAGACAAAGUUUGUAGCAGUUGCAAAAAGGAACAUUAUUGCUCACAGAAACACCAGGUCAUGCACUGGCGCUCAGGCCACAGAGUUGAGUGUCAACAACUAAGUCUUUCUUUGAGGCUACCUGACUCUAAUUCCAGUAAUUAUGAAACCAUAACAGGGGAGAUAAUUUCAUUUGCUAGCAACACCCUAUGGCCAGAGUAUGAGAUUUUAAAUGAGGAAGAAAGUGAAUUUGAUGGUGAAAUGUCCGAUAGUGAUGGACAUAAUUGGAGUAAAGCAGACGAUACAAUGAAAUUGUUGGAAAGUUUUGAGGGAGACAGUGACAAGAAAUGUUGGGUUUCUUUCCAAAAUCGCAUAACCAAGGCCCCUGAACAAGUUUUGAGGUACUGUAGGAAUGGUAGUGCAAAACCCAUAUGGCCUGUGUCAAGCGGCCAGCCUUCUAAGGCUGAUAUUCCUAAUUGCUGCUAUUGUGGUGGUCCUUCAAAUUUUGAAUUUCAGAUAUUGCCUCAGUUGCUUUAUUACUUUGGAGUAAAGAAUGAUGUGGACUCUCUCGACUGGGGAACUAUUGUCGUGUACACUUGUGCAUCCUCUUGUGAGGCUAGCAUCAGUUACAAAGAAGAAUUUGCCUGGGUUCAACUCUACUCUUAAUCUGGUGAUCCAUGCCGAAUUUGUAUUGAAAAGGUUUCUAACCCUCUUUUUUCCUCUAGCUGCUAGUUUAGAUAAAUAGUACCUCUAGUUUAUUUAUGUUUGGAGUUUUGAGUUGCGAUUCUGCUAGGCUUGAUUAGAAUGUAAUUUUCUUUUACGUUUUCAAUGAAAAUUAUUAUAUAGUCUUGAAAUCAGUGUUGAAGUUACAUUUGGGGAAAUAAUCAAUAUGAAAAUGAUCCAUUUGGAUUUAACUCUU